AAUAGAGUAGUGAAGGAAGCUUCAAUCAUUUUUUCCUCGGAUCUAAACACUAAACAGAGACACUGCUACUACUCCUACCUUCUUUCUUCCUACUUUUCACGUUUUGCAGUGAAAGUGAUACCACAUUCAGCAUAGCGUACUGGACCCAUCAUUUACGAUCUACGCCUUUCACCGACGCCACCAUAACCCCAUUCUUUCUCUCAAACAAAGGUCUUUUUUUUUUUUUACUUUCAUCUUUUUCUGCUCUGCAAAAGUUACAGCAAAACCCCCCCUUUGUUGAAAAAGGGUUGACAAAAAAUUAUUCUGUCCACUGAAUAAUGAAUUUGUGAAUUACCAUCAAUCAUGGCAUGACUAAAGUUUGUACUUUUGUUCUUACCUCUGAUUCAUUCAUUCAUUCAUUCAUUUACCUUUUACUACCUCUUUUGUUCUUUUCAAUCUUGGUCCCCAAUUUUUCCAACCUUCAACCAGCACAUAAAGUUUUGACAUUAUUCAGAUUGAUGGGUAGCUCAAAUGGGUGUGGGUUGGGUUGAAACCGAGGUGGGUGAGAGAAAGUUGGAUCCUUUUUUGGGUUCUGUUGCAGUAGUGGGGUUUUGAUCCAGUUCAAUUGAAAGGUUAGAAGGAUAACGGAUGAAUGAUCAUCGGUCUUGUAAUUGAGCACAUUACUGUAUCUGUUGCUGUUGCUAGUGACUACAUAUGUUUCGGAGACUGAGAUGGUUUGUGGGUCUGAAUCAGAAGAAUUUGUCAACAAAGAGGUUGGGCAAUGUUGAGCACCAACCUGGACCUGAAAGGCCAAGCCAGCUCCCUGUGUUAGAUGCUGUUCAUGAAGUUGCUGUUUACAUUCAUAGGUUUCAUAAUCUUGACCUUUUUGAACAAGGAUGGUACAAAAUCAAGGUUACCGUGAGAUGGGAGGUGGGUGAAGAUUCCUAUCCUGGGAUUCCAGCACGGGUUGUUCAAUAUGAAGCUCCUGAAGUGGGUUCUGACAAUUUAUGUAGAGUUUGGAUGAUCGAUGAUGCUGACAACAGUUUUUCAACCCCACCAUUCCGAAUUAAAUAUGCUAGGCAGGAUGUACUUCUUUCUAUCAUGGUUUCAUUCUACCUAUCUUUUGGUGCAUGUGAGGAUCAAUCUUCUGUUAUCUUGAAGUUUGAGCUCUUACAUGCCCCUAUGAGCGGAACAGGGUAUGAGUUCCAAGGUUCACCAGAUGCAUUCUCUGCUUCAGUUCAUGAAUAUAAAAUACCCCCUAAAGGGCUUCUGGGAUUGCAUUCAUAUUGUCCUGUCAAUUUUGAUGCUUUCCAUGCUGUCCUUGUUGAUACAAGUGUUCACAUCAGUCUACUAAAAGCUAGUCAUCACACCUCUCGACCGAAGGUAUCCAGUGAUUCUAGAGGCUCAGAAGGCACUUAUGUUGAAGAUUAUGUUGGGUCAAACAAGGUUACGCUUAUCAAAGCAUUGAUGGCUGCCCAUGAUAUCCUGCUUGAGGAUUUGAAAAGAAUAAGCACAGGCAUUGACCAAGCUGUUGAUUUGACUGAAAUUACUUCUGCAUCAGAUGUUACGGAAUGGUUUCGUUCUACUUCACCAGCAAAUGUCAAUGGUGAUUCAUCACCUCUACUGUCUGACAGGCCACACGUAAGUUCUGAGGUCCUCUAUCAUUACAAAAAAGCUGCUCAUUCUAUCAAUAAACUUACCGACCCUUUCUCUUGGGACGACCAUCUGUUGAUCUCUCUCCAAUCUCUAGGGAAUCAGCUGCUAAGUCUUUGGAAUAUUUUUCUGAAAUUCCACAGGGAAAACAAAACAAAGAUAAUGGAAUUCUUACGUAAUUCCUGGGCUAAUGAACGGAGAACUGAAUGGUCAAUAUGGAUGGUGUACUCAAAGGUUGCAAUGCCUCAUCAACCUAAGAUUAAUGGAGUUGAAAGGACACUAUUGCACCAUGGUGCACGCGGAAAUACAAGGAGGUUAACUGAUGAUCCUAUUCAAAUUGCAACAAUGCGUGCAGAACUUCAUAGGCGUGGUAUAGCACAAAUGAGGAUCAACAAUCGGUCACUUCAAGACAUGUAUAUAUUUGGAGAUCCUUUGCAUAUUCCAAUUAUUAUUGUUGAACGCUUGACAAACAUAUACCAUUCAACCAGUGUGAGUUCAGAUUUCAUUCCUCUGAAGGAAGAAGCAAGGCAUAAACUAGAAAAUGGAUAUAGAGCCACAAAUAAGAGUGGGAAUAGCCGGCGACAAAAUGAACACGUUUUGAGAGUAGUAGUUUUUGUACAUGGGUUUCAGGGAAAUCAUUUGGAUUUACGGCUUGUUCGGAACCAGUGGCUUUUAAUAGAUCCCAAAAUACAUUUUCUCAUGUCAGAGGCAAAUGAAGACAAAACAUCUGGAGACUUCAGAGAAAUGGGGUCAAGGCUUGCCCAUGAAGUGAUCACCUUCCUUAAAAAGAAGAUGGAUAAAGUUUCAAGAAAUGCCAUCUUAACUGAUAUCAAGCUUAGCUUUGUUGGUCAUUCUAUUGGAAACCUCAUUAUCCGAACUGCCCUCGCUGGUAUUUAUUGUCAANNAUAUCUGAUGUACUUACAUACAUAUGUCUCCAUAUCCGGUCCACACUUGGGUUAUAUGUAUAGUUCAAACUCUUUAUUCAAUUCAGGACUAUGGCUAUUGAAGAAGCUGAAGGGUACACAAUGCAUUCAUCAACUAACUUUUACAGAUGACCCUGAUCUUGAGAAUACUUUCAUAUACAAUCUUUCCAAGGAGAAGACACUGGAAAACUUCCAGAAUGUAAUUCUUUUCUCCUCUCCUCAGGAUGGUUAUGUUCCGUAUCAUUCUGCCAGAAUUGAACCGAGUUCAGCGGCUUCCUUGGAUUCCUCUAAAAGAGGGAAAAUCUUCCAUGAGAUGCUAAAUAAUUUGUUGGGCCAAAUCCAAAAUGACUCUGACCAUCGUGUGGUAAUCCGAUGUGAUGUCAACUUCAACACGGCUUGCUAUGGCAGAAACUUAAACACACUUAUUGGACGCACUGCACAUAUUGAGUUCUUGGAGUCCGACAUUUUCGCCAAGUUCAUAAUGUGGUCUUUCCCAGAGCUGUUCAGAUAGUAAACAACUGAAUUUCCAUAAUUCAGGCCAUUUUGUCAGUUUAGCAAAACAGAUAGGUCGACCGAAGGCUUUCGGAGCAGUGUAAAGAGAGAUGCUGAAUUCAAGUCCGUCAAAUGUCAAAACUCCAUGGCAU